UAUGUAGAGUGGGGGAGGAGACCUGCGAUGGACAGCGAGAUUCAGAAGGACGGGCGGAUUUUAGAUUUAGUAGACGACGCCUGGAAGGAAGACAAGUUGCCGUACGAGGAUGUGACCGUCCCGCUGAAUGAACUUCCAGAGCCUGAGCACGACAACGGCGGGGCAGUGGAGUCCGUCAAAGAGCAGGAAAUGAAAUGGGCAGACCUGGCUUUGCAAUACCUGCAUGAAAAUAUUCCCUUGUCGGGGAGCUGAACAGA